CGAUUACGCCAACCGAUGACGCAAGCACGCUUAGAUGUUGGUAGGGAAUGGGGAAGUGUUCGAUGUUUGCUCCGAUUGAACUUUAAUUAUAUCGUCGGAAACUGGUUUGUCUGUCUUCGUUACGUGGCACCGAAGUAGUCAAAAAACUGAGCAACGGAACAUGGCCGAGAAAAUCGAAGUUAGAUCUACUCCAGACUUCAUUUUCAAAUCUUUCUUGGCUGGAGGUAUGGCAGGAAUGUGUGCAAAAACAGCAGUAGCACCUUUAGACAGAAUUAAAAUCCUGCUUCAGGCACAUAACAAUCAUUACAAACAUUUUGGUGUUUUUUCUGGUUUGAAAAACAUUGUAAAAAAAGAAGGGCUAUUGGGACUCUACAAAGGAAAUGGAGCACAGAUGGUUCGCAUAUUUCCAUAUGGAGCAGUGCAAUUUCUUUCUUUUGAAAUCUAUAAAAAGACAUUAAAGAACCAUAUUGGAAAAAAAUCUCAUUUAAGCAAAUUUGUUGCUGGAUCUAUGGCAGGUGUUACUGCAGUAAUUUGUACAUAUCCAUUGGACAUGGUCCGUGCAAGACUGGCAUUUCAAGUCACUGGAGAGCAUAUCUAUUCUGGAAUUUUGCACACAUUAGUUUGCAUUUUUAAAACUGAAGGAGGAAUACGUGCACUCUAUAAAGGCUUGUCGCCUACUGUAAUUGGAAUGAUACCUUAUGCAGGACUCUCAUUCUACGUGUUUGAAAGACUGAAAUCUCUCUGCUUGGAAUACUUUCCGUCCUCCCUUGGCAAAAGUCACCAUUCCAGUUCAGGUCUUGUGCUGAUCAUUCCUGCCAAAUUGCUGUGUGGAGGACUGGCAGGAGCCAUUGCUCAGAGCGUAUCAUAUCCAAUGGAUGUGGCAAGAAGAAGAAUGCAGUUAAGCAUGAUGUUUCCAGAAACUCAUAAAUUCAGUAAGGGACUCUUCUCGACUCUCUUGCUGAUCUUUCGCGAGCACGGAAUCGUCAAGGGACUAUACCGAGGAAUGAGCAUCAAUUACCUGAGGGCAGUCCCCAUGGUGGCCGUGUCCUUCUCCACCUACGAGGUGAUGAAGCAGACGCUGGGACUGGACACGGGAAUGGAUUCCUGAUUUUCGAAGGGUCUCGGCUCGCAUUCUUACCUGUCUCCCAAGGAGAUUUUUUGCGAAAUAUUCGCGUUCCGCCAACCAUAUUUUUUUUCCUCGUGAGUUUUGGUAUUUAAACUGUAAUUUGUCUCCUCAUCCUCCUUCCGGAGAAAUGAAGUUUUCUAGUUGAGUGUUAGGAUUCGAAAACUUGAAUUUCUUUUAUCUGAAUUUUAAAAUCUAGAACCUAAAAUCUUAUUUCGACCCUAAGUCGUCGAAACCCCCACUAAAAGAAUCAUGGCGCGCGGUUUCGGGUGUCCAUAAAAUAAAGUAAGCCGUAUUUUUAUAACCGAUAUUUAUUUUGAUGCGGUUUGCGUGGCGGAUUAGAAAUGAUCGGGUCGUGGGAUUCUCGCCAGUUUACAA